AUGGGGAGGGCAGGAACGCAAGGAAGAGCAGCAGCAGCAAGAGCAGCAGCAGCAGGAGCAGCAGCAGCGAGAGCAGCAGCAAGAGCAGCAGCUCCGGUUGCACAGAAUGAUGCGACAGCCACCGAGGCAACAUCUUCACGAGCAACAGCAACAGCGCUCGCCGCUGCAGAAGCUCUGGAUAUGCAGCACGUCUUCACAUGCGCAUGCAAAAGCCUUCAAGGCGUAAAGAUCGCGGAUUUCGGCCUAGCCAGGUUCUUAGGCCCUAACUGCGGUACAACUGAAGUCACGGGAACGUUGGCAUACGCAGCUCCCGAGGUUUCAAGUAUUCCCGGGGCCCUCUCAACGCUAGACCGACGGGCAGCGCCGUCCGAUCCCACCGCAGCUACUCAUGCUAGACUUGCAGUCCCUGCAGAAGCAGUGGCAGAAGGCUGUGAUGGUCAUAAUAAGACCUUCAAAGGCUUCCCUUCCGGCCCCUACGGCUGUUGGGGGCAGCCUUCGUGUCGUCGAGGAGAGGCAACGUGCGGGAGUUUCCUCCCUCCCACUUCAUGGCCACCAUCGGGGGAGGAUUUGUAA